AUGAACCUCUACGACAGUGAUGGGCGAUGGUUCUCGGGAGGCGACCCAAUCGGCCCCCUGACGCAUUUGUCACUUACCACCGAGCGAUUCUGGCGACCUGAAGGUGCCUAUCUCCUGGAGCAUACCGUCAAUCCCAGUGCAAUCGCCGCAGGGCAGCAGAAGCUCGUCCUCGUACUACCUGUCGACAAGUCCAGUCAGAAUCUUUGUAAAGUUGUCGCUAGCGCCAUUGCUGUGGGCUAUCCACCCCCAGUCCUUGUGAAUUGGAACAAUGACUUCGAGACCGACACAAAGGGUAUCGGGCCCUCUCAGCUUGGCAAAAUCACUGGCUAUCUUAACUUCCUGGAAUGGGCAACUAGCGACUUCGCUCCUCCCGAGCAACGCCUGAACGAAGAAGACCUCGUUUUUGGAAUCGACGCACACGACAUUUGGCUACAGCUGCCUCCGAGUGUCCUCAUUCAACGCUACUAUAGUAUCAAUCAGCGUGCUAACAAGCGCAUCGCCGAACAAUAUGGCUUCUUCGACAAGGACUUGAUGCAACAGACCAUAGUAGUCUCGUCUCAAAAGGCGUGCGUAGCCCCUCGCGAUGAGAUUUCAGACCUCCACUGUGGCGACGUACCGGGCAGCACUCUGCCUGAUAGCGUGUAUGGCUUCUUUACCGACUACAACUUUUGGUUUUCCCGGAGUGUCUAUGUUCGACCCAAGAUCCUCAACAGUGGUAGUUUUAUGGGACCUGCUGGUGACAUGCGACGGUACUUCCAACGCGUCAAGGAAAGGAUGGAAGAGUUCCUCGACGUGGUGGAGACCUCAGGGAGGCCGCAGGCCAAAGUUCUUGGGGGCGACCAGGGCAUCUUUGCUGAGAUCUUUGGCGAGCAAGAGGUUUGGCGCGACACUGUUAAGAAGGAAGACUUUGCGGAAGAUUCACCAAACCGCGAGACGGCUAUCGAGAAGCGGCAGUUGCUCGAGUACCACGUCGGUCUCGACUACACUCAGGAGAUUUCCUUCCAGACGUGUUAUAACGAGUGGCUGGGCUAUUUCGUGCCCCUCAAGGCCUCGGAUCAGAUAUAUGAAGAGUCGCAGAAAGCGGGUGUGGCCCCCCCUCGGAUACAGACGCUACCCGCGGACAUUCUCCAGGCCGAACCGCCCCUGGCUAAGCUGGCGAACAACGAGCUCCGUACGAAGACUUGGGCUGAAAUGGCGCUAUACAUGGACUUUUGGACAACAGCCGUGCCUAUUGCCAUUCACUAUAACACACGUCGAAAGGGACUCAAAGGGCGGCUUCAAACAUGGUGGGACGCUACAUGGUGGUUCCCAUUUCUGCGUGAGCUCUUGCAAGCACGUAUGCAGUCGUCGGCCGCUCGUGAGACGCUUAUGAUUCUGGAGGCCGCUGACGGGCCGUUGGAAGUCAUUCCAUAUUUGCCGUUGGACGAACCCAAGCCGGCAAUGUUGUUCGUCCGAAACACUGAGACAGGAAACUGGGCGCUGACGCCUGCGGCAGAUUGGGAUGCCAUCUGCCGCGAAGCUGACCCAAGGAGAGAGGCUGAAAAAUCUUGGUACGAUGAGGUGUUCCGUGAUGGAAAGGGCAUACUCUUGUAAUUUCAGC